AGGAGGGAGCGGCGGCGGCGGCGGCGGCGGCGGCAUUGUGCGCGCACCAGCAGCCCGGCCCGGGAGGAGCAGGACGCGCCGGGGCCGCCUCCUCCCGCACGGACCCAUGAACCAGCCGGGCGGCGCGGCGGCUCCGCAGGCUGACGGAGCCAGUGCAGCUGGGAGGAAAAGCACGGCAAGCAGGGAGCGCUUGAAGCGCAGCCAGAAGAGCGCCAAGGUGGAGGGGCCAGAGCCAGCGCCGGCCGAGGCCUCCCUGAGCGCCGAGCAGGGAACGAUGACGGAGGUGAAGGUCAAGACGGAGCUGCCCGACGACUACAUCCAGGAGGUGAUCUGGCAGGGCGAGGCCAAGGAGGAGAAGAAGGCGGUCGGCAAGGACGGCCCCGGCGACGUGCCCGCUGAGAUCUGCGUGGUGAUCGGCGGCGUCCGCAACCAGCAGACCCUGGAUGGAAAAGCGCCGGAAGGCAGCCCCCACGGCGGAUCUGGGCGAAGCCGGUAUUCAGGGACCUGGAUUUUUGACCAAGCGUUGAGAUAUGCAUCUGGGUCCUAUGAGUGUGGAAUCUGUGGCAAGAAGUACAAGUAUUACAACUGUUUCCAGACCCACGUACGGGCGCACCGAGACACAGAAGCCACCUCAGGGGAGGGAGCCUCCCAAGGCAACAACUUCAGGUACACGUGCGACAUCUGCGGGAAAAAGUACAAAUACUACAGCUGUUUCCAGGAGCAUCGAGACCUGCACGCCGUGGAUGUGUUUAGUGUGGAAGGGGCCCCUGAGAAUCGGGCAGACCCCUUCGACCAAGGUGUCGUGGCCACUGACGAGGUGAAGGAGGAGCCCCCGGAACCAUUCCAGAAAAUCGGGCCAAAAACCGGCAAUUACACCUGUGAAUUCUGCGGAAAGCAGUACAAGUACUACACGCCCUACCAGGAGCACGUGGCCUUACACGCCCCCAUCAGUACCGCCCCCGGGUGGGAGCCACCGGACGAUCCAGACACGGGCUCUGAGUGUUCGCAUCCAGAGGUCUCCCCGUCUCCACGCUUCGUGGCAGCGAAGACCCAGACGAACCAGUCGGGGAAAAAGGCUCCGGCCUCCGUGGUCCGAUGCGCCACACUCUUACACCGCACUCCUCCAGCCACCCAAACCCAGACGUUCCGCACUCCAAAUUCGGGAUCUCCAGCAAGCAAGGCGACCGCAGCAGAAAGCGCUUUCAGUCGGAGGGUAGAAGGCAAAGCACAAAACCACUUUGAAGAGACAAACAGCAGUUCCCAAAACUCCAGCGAGCCCUACACGUGCGGCGCCUGCGGGAUCCAGUUCCAGUUCUACAACAACCUGCUGGAGCACAUGCAGUCCCAUGCGGCGGACAAUGAGAACAACAUCGCCUCCAACCAGUCCCGAUCGCCCCCUGCCGUUGUGGAGGAGAAGUGGAAGCCCCAGGCCCAGAGGAACAGUGCCAACAACACCACGACCAGUGGUUUAACACCCAACAGCAUGAUCCCCGAGAAGGAGCGGCAGAACAUUGCAGAGCGGCUGCUGCGGGUCAUGUGCGCCGACCUGGGCGCGCUGAGUGUGGUGAGCGGGAAGGAGUUCCUGAAGCUGGCCCAGACGCUGGUGGACAGCGGCGCCCGCUACGCCUUCUCAGUCACCGAGAUCCUGGGCAAUUUCAAUACACUGGCCCUGAAGCACCUGCCACGCAUGUACAACCAGGUGAAGGUGAAGGUGACGUGCGCCUUGGGCAGCAACGCCUGCCUGGGCAUCGGCGUCACCUGCCACUCGCAGAGCGUCGGCCCCGACUCCUGCUACAUCCUCACGGCCUACCAGGCCGAGGGCAACCACAUCAAGAGCUACGUGCUGGGCGUGAAGGGCGCGGACAUUCGUGACAGCGGCGACCUGGUGCACCACUGGGUGCAGAACGUGCUGUCGGAGUUCGUGAUGUCAGAGAUCAGGACAGUGUACGUGACGGACUGCCGGGUGAGCGCGUCCGCCUUCUCCAAGGCCGGCAUGUGCCUUCGCUGCUCAGCCUGUGCCUUGAACUCGGUGGUGCAGAGCGUGCUGAGCAAGCGGACGCUGCAGGCCCGCAGCAUGCACGAGGUCAUCGAGCUGCUCAACGUGUGUGAGGACCUGGCCGGCUCCACCGGCCUGGCCAAGGAGACCUUCGGCUCCCUGGAGGAGACCUCGCCGCCGCCCUGCUGGAACUCGGUCACGGACUCGCUGCUGCUGGUGCACGAGCGCUAUGAGCAGAUCUGCGAGUUCUACAGCCGGGCCAAGAAGAUGAACCUCAUCCAGAGCCUCAACAAGCACCUGCUCAGCAACCUGGCCGCCAUCCUGACGCCUGUGAAGCAGGCGGUCAUCGAGCUGAGCAACGAGAGCCAGCCCACCCUGCAGCUCGUGCUGCCCACCUACGUCAGGCUGGAGAAGCUGUUCACGGCCAAGGCCAACGACGCGGGCACCGUCAGCAAGCUGUGCCACCUCUUCCUGGAGGCGCUCAAGGAGAACUUCAAGGUGCAUCCAGCGCACAAGGUGGCCAUGAUCCUGGACCCACAGCAGAAGCUGCGGCCCGUGCCACCCUACCAGCACGAGGAGAUCAUUGGCAAGGUGUGCGAGCUCAUCAACGAGGUCAAAGAGUCCUGGACCGAGGAGGCGGACUUCGAGCCCGCCGCCAAGAAGCCCCGCUCGGCCCCCGGCGACAACCCCGCCGCUCAGGACGAUGACCGGCUGGGGAAGAACGAGGUGUACGAUUACCUGCAGGAGCCCCUCUUCCAGGCCACCCCGGAUCUCUUCCAGUACUGGUCGUGCGUGACCCAAAAGCACACGAAACUCGCCAAGCUCGCCUUCUGGCUCCUUGCGGUGCCAGCCGUGGGGGCCCGGAGCGGGUGUGUAAAUAUGUGUGAACAAGCACUUCUCAUCAAAAGGAGGCGACUGCUCAGUCCAGAAGACAUGAACAAACUCAUGUUUCUGAAAUCCAACAUGCUUUAAGACUUCCAGACGGGGAAAUUAAAAAAAAAAAAAAAAGAGAGAGAGAGAGAGAAAGGACAAGGAAAAAAAAUAAAAAUAAAGAGAGAAGAGAACGUUAGAAAAAAAAAAAAAAAAAAAAAAAAACCCCACAACACUGUCGCAAACAAAGAAAAAGAAUUUAAGUUCUAAACACUGUGGACCUCAUUAUAAAUGCCCCCUGGAAAACUUAAGUGCUUUUUUUCAGUGUGCGUGUGCAUGUGCGUGCCCAUCCGCGUGGCCGCAGAGGUGUCGCAUCUGCGUGCACACACACACUCCCCUGGUGCAUGUCCGCACGCCUGCCUGCUCGUGGGCGCGUGUGCAUUAAACUGGGCGUGUCAGGAAAGCUGAGUGUUUGGGAAAGAGGGAAGAUGCUUCAUCUCCUUUUCUCAGUAAGGGGGCUUUAAAAGACUCCAUUUUCAGGUGUGCAGAUUGGUAGAAAACUGAUGUAAAUUUUUCAGGCAGCUGAGAUCUGAAGUGACUUGACGCUCUCUGUCCUUCACCCCGCGGUCCCCCCCUCCCCCAGCCUCCCUCGGCCCUCUGUCCUCUUCCCCAACCUUCCUGACCCUCCCACCCCCACCCCAUCCCCCGGCUGCCCUGCCAUGGAUUCUCCAAACUGCAUUAGAUGGACGGCUUCUGCACUGGACUUCGUUCUCGUUCACCUUCAGGGCAUUGAGCUGCUGCCUUCCUGACACCCUUGGGUGUCACGGGGCAGCCGCCUUAGAAACACACCUAUCUAUCUCCCCAAAUCAGGAAAGGAGACUUUAAAAAUAUAAAGCUGACCUUUUGCUUUUUAAUAUAAGAUAGGGGGAAAAAAAAAGACAUUUUUCAAAGAAGUUUAGAUACUGUCUCCACUCCUUAAUAAUUUUUUUCCUAACGUUUUAGCCGUUUUUACCUUUUUUUUUUUUUUUUUUUUUUUCAAAUUUGAUUUAGACUCUGCUAGGAGGCACUGAAUGUCUAUAACUUAUGUUUUGGAGGGUUUGGGGGUUUUGUUUUUUAUUGCCCUUUUUGUUCCUCAAAUCACACUGUAAACUAGCUCAUCUCAGUGGUAUAGUCAAUAUCCUAAGGUUUUUAUUAGCCUUCCCUGCCCAUGUAUUCCAACAGCCAAGACUGUGAACUUGGCUGUGCUGUGUGGAGACCAGGAGUGGGGUUGGAGUCACAGGUUUCGCAGAUGUGGGGUGAGGCGGAAGCCAUAGGGAAGCGUGUGGCUUAGGAGUUCUGAAUGUAAGCAACAGACUGCCCUCCUGGCUCGCUGUGUCUGGUCCUGCGAAUGUCUGAUUUCUAUACCCAGAGUGCAUUACACUACUCGCCACAUCCCAGACGCUCCCAGCUCCGCAGGGGCUCCUGCGUUGAUCCACGUUCACAUCCAUCACAGCCCAGACCCACGCCCCCGGGGAUUCCGGUGCCCGCAGCCCCGGGGGCUCCCCCCACGUGAGCCUCAGCCCUCCUUCUGGGACAGUCGUUGAGCACGGUGCCUUGUGGGCCAAAUGACAGAUGUUUGGAGGGUGGAAUGGCCUUAGGCUACGUUCAACGUGAUGCUGUGAAAGAUGUUUUUAGGCUUUUCUCUCCGUGAGCAAUUUAUGGAGUCCACACCCUCAGCCCAAACGCCCACAGGGAGACCCUUGUCCCCCUAAGAGGUAGUCCCAUCAGGAUCAGUGCUCAGCCACCCCCCCACCCCUGACCCCACCUCUCCGUGUAUAAGGUGCUGGUGGUCCCAUGUGGUCCCCACCCCCUCCCGGUGCCCUGGCUGUGGGAUAAGAGCUGGUGACCCCCAGGGCUUCAGGCUGAGGAUGACCGCCACCGUGGGGGCCAUUUGCAAAGGCACCUCCUGCCAUGCUGGGGUGACUUCGUCCACUCCAUCCCUUCCUCGUGAUAAAACAUUGUUCAACUUCGAGAUACCUCGACUACAAAAAGCACUGUACAACAGCCCUCUCCCCUGGUCCAUGGCAGUCAAGGUGGGGGAGCAAAGUUAAUUGAAAACUCAAGGCUUAGGAUCAUGGACCAGAACACUGUCCCAGGUGCCAAGCCUGCUCACUUUGCCUCAUGAGAACUAACCCUCGAGUCUCGGACACACUGAACUGCAUCAAAGUGGGCGCUUUCCACGUUCCCUCCAGCAAGCCAUGGUCUCAGGAACCACCAUGCCACUUCCUCUCCCGGAGAAGUUCUCAUAUUUACUAUACAGCAUUUCCAGCUGGGGUCGUGCCAUCAGAAGAGCCUCCGUCCACUCUGGACAGUCACCUGACGUCGCUUCCUGGAGCGUACAGGAGCAUCCACAGGCUUUCCCUUGAGACCUUUGGGGACAUUGCCGAGGGUGGCUGCAGGGCUGCUGAUGGGUGACAGAUGCCUACAACAAAAGGCCUCCACCGUUGCUUUGCUGCCGGGGAAGGGUCCGUGACCUGGCAUUCUGAGCCACGCCAGGAGGAUGGGAGCUGCCCCUUCCGUGUGGUUGGUAGGAGCCAAUCCUUGGAGACGUAUCCUGGCUCUCCUUAGAGCAGAGCUGUGCCGGUGUUGCCUGAUUAGUGGGCCACUUAGUUAGAAAAGAGGCAUUUCGCUUCCUUGCAGAGCCAUCAGGACCAGCCCAGAGAUAAGCCUCCUCCUCGGAGCUCUGUGAUGUCUGCCCUCCAGCACGAGAAUGUGAGGAAGUCUUACUAAACCCCUGGAAUCUAGUCGUAUGUGUCACCUCCUGUUGUCGUCCUCCUUUCCACCUCAUUUCAAUCCCUGGGGCUUUGGCUUGCUCUUCAGGUUUGAUGCGAGUGCCACUAGGUACCCCAAAAGCUGUCUCCCCGGGCCGCCUCAGCCAGAUAUGGGAGCAAUGUGGCAGCUUGUCAUUUCUCCCCUGCAGCUUGUGGUUCUUCAGAAACUGUCAUCACCAACAGGAAAGGCUGCACCAAGGAGUCCCCGUCCCCGUCUUCUUUCCCACACAGGCAUCUUCCCAUAGUGCAAUGCCCUUGCAAUGAACAGCUUGAUAAAACCCAAAGAUCUCACAGGUCCAGCCACUGGCCCCUUAUCUCCAGCAAUAUCCACCCUAUCCAAAUUCUAGCUCAGCCAAAGGAUCGAGGUUGGCUCCUCCCGUGCAUCUCCUAGCCCCCAGCCUGGCAUUGACCUUCAGAAGGAUGUUGUCUUCUGUUACCCAGUUCUGUGGCCACACCAGGACUCUGCAGCUCAAGGUGGUUGGUUGCCUGCGGACUUGGACACAACUUGCCUGAAGCACGUGAUUCCAAGGACAGGACUGGCCUUUGUGUGGACGUACACAGCCCCCCGAGGGAAGAUGGAGAAAACACACCUCCACUCUGCAGGAUUCCCCCUCAUCGGAGGUCAGCCGGCUCCACCACCAAAUCUCAAGCCAAGGACCACAGCCUCAUGGGGGCGGGGGUCUCUCAGAUUUGAAGUCACUGAAGUCCAGUUCCACCGGGAACAGCAGUGCCAACCAGUCGUCGUCGUGAGGGCCCUUGUGCCCACGUGGUUCUUCUUCCCUGUGCCCAGGUCCACCAGCAGAGCCUCCCUCCAGGAAACAAGACAGAGGGGCCACCGGGUAAAGCUCCUUCUGGCUGCUCUUCUUCUUGGGGUUCACGGUAUAGAAAGCCUGCUACUGCGUCUGCGAGCGAAGACAUCGUGCCCCCAGGCCACCUGACAGCCUCGUGCUGGGCGUUCAGGGCUUGACUCCUGGCUGGGUAAAAGGGGGCUGAGGUUUCCUGGUGAGGAGAUGCCAGUCCGAUGGCGCAGCAGAGAAGGUCUGGGUCUCCAGUUUCUAGGAAGGACUCUUGACACGAUCUCCGCAGGGUGGCAAGCGUCCUCUCUUUCAGUUGGCUCCUUUCUCUCCUGCACUUUCACAACACACCAGAGAAAAACUCUGUAAGGCACGUUUUCCACUGUGAAGCUGACCCUCUACCUUUAGGGGUUCCCUAAGCCUGCGCCUGGACUUAGACUAGACUCCCUGGAAAGUGGGCACCCGGAGAGCUGUCACACCGUCUCGGGGCCACAGGUUCACAAGAAAGGUUUGGAAUGAAGCAGGGGUGCGGAUGGAGAAGGGCGAUCCCAUGAGACGUGGCCCAGGAGGGGACCAUGCCUGGAUGUUGCCGUCACGAUAGAUGCGCUCGCUGAGACGGGACGAGGAGGCACCCAGGGCACGGCUGGGCAGCCUCCUCCUGCCCCGCUGAGCCAGGGCAGGUGCACAGCUCUGUCCUUGCCUUGGGAACGGCAGCAACACCUCUGUCCAUGGGACAUCCCUGAUGGAGGGCUUCUAGAAAGGCUGCUGGUUUUGACAAAACCAAGCAGCUAAGUAAGGCUCAGGCUGUGCCCUGGAGACAGUAGGUGGAGGGCUCCAGUCUCGGGCCUGCAGCCCCGCCCUGGCCCUCUGUAUCCAGCUGGGCCAGUGGGAGAACUGGGAAGGGGCCCGCCCCCUCGUCACUGUGGCUAAAGUUUGCUAGGCCAGUUAUGGUGAACCAAUGAUGCGGUGUUUUCCCCCCGUGUUUCCCUCCCAGUUUGCCCUUUGCAGGGUUCUCUGGAGGAUUUUGUUGUCACUGUUGUUGUUGUUUCUUUCUCUUUUGUUUGGGUUUGAGGAUCGUGGUCAGUGGAGCCCGCCUUUCCCUGAAGGGCCCUGUGGUUUCUGGGCAGAGAGGCACCUGCUCCCGCUUUGAUGAGGGUGAAGGGCGUCGGGUUGCUGUGUGGUCUGUUCAUGUCCCAUCACCGCCACGGGCGUCGCUUUAACGAUCCAACUCCUGUACAGAGAAGGAUUUGCUAGGUUGGCAGCUGGGUGUCAGCAUCAGGUUCCCAGGGGUCCUUCCCCACCCACGCGUCCCACCUCCGGGCACCUCGACUCUUCGAACCAAAGUUCCUUAAAGGGGCACAGCCCAGCCUUGUCCGCAACCUCAGGGGCCCGGCAUCCCUGUGGCACUUCCGGAAGUCCAGGGUGGCAGAGACCGAGGGGCCUGAGGCCAUCCGGAAGUGGGGGGGGGGUCCUGCCACAACCCAGGUGCCAGCCGGUCCCCUCUCGGGACCCUUCCCUCCCACCCCACCAGGGUGGCCGGGUUCCACGGUGGUGGGCGAGCUCGUGGACUGGCAUGGGGCCGGGGGCGCGCCAGCCAGGAGACAGAGGGACCCGCCGGGCAGCGCGUCCAGGGCCAUUCAGACCCCGAGCAUCAGGAAAUCAUUUUGUACAACCACCCGAAGCAGAGAUAUUUUUUAAAAAGCCUAAAUUAUUUUCAGUUGUUCGGUGAUGAUCCUGCCUUUUUCUUUUCCCCACAAACGUCAUGUCAGUGAUUCUUUCACAUCAGGUAAAUCUCGAGAAAGCCUUGGUGCCCCUCCCUCCCAGGCCCCCCUCAGUAACCACGUGCGUGCGCCCCCCCCAUCCUUUCUCAGUAGUUACGACGUUCUAGGCAAUACCAUAGACACACCUGACUGUGUCUCUCUCUUCGAGUGCAAGAAACUCAAAGUCAUCUUAAAAAAAAAAAAAAAAUACAAAAAAAAAUUUACAAAAAAACAAACACAAAAAAAUAUCUUUUUUAGGCCAGAGUUUUCUACAGGUAUUAAUGAAUAUUUUUCUUAAUCCUUAUAAGUUUUAUGUGUUUAAUAUUUCUUAAUACCGGUAGCAUUAAUUUAUACUUUUGUAGCAACACAAUAUUUUUAUAAACAGCCAGUGCUUGGCUCAAGUCUCCACAAGGGGUUUAUACAGGGUUAUCUUGCGACCCUGUGAACCAUGUACUGUAUUUAAAAAAAAAAAAAAAAAAAAAAAAGUUACCUAGUGUCACCCUUGCUGUGUUAAUUAACAAAAUCAUUGUUCUCGGUCUCCGGUGUCGUUGGUGUGGAUCCAACAGUUCUCUAAGGAGUCAACAUUGCAUGGGGGUUGAGUUGACGGUUCUCGUGAUGUGUAAACCCCCGAGACCCACCUGGAGGGUUUAUUUAGGGCUUUCUGUUUGUCCUUUGCGUUUCCGGUUUCGUUUGGUUUGGGUACCGUUUCUCCAUUUACAGCCAAAUGAGUUUUGUGAUGUCGAAAACUUUUACUGACGUCAAAUGGAGGAAAGGAACAGAAAAAAAAAGAAAAAAAAAAAAGAUUUUUACAAAGUAAUAAAAUUGAAAACUGAGCUGUUUAAAUGUUGCUGUUCUUACCUGUCUGUCCUUGUCCGGAAGUGGGACGUUCCCAGGGAGAAGAGGAAGGUUCCACUUGGUUUCUUAUGUUGCCAAAAGCCCCAUCCCAGGAUUCAGCACCCCCUCCCCGCCCCCACCCAGCCCCGAAUUCUCGCAACAUUAUUUCCCGUUGGUUGAUGCCAAGGCAGAAAGACAUUCUUUUAAUGGUUAGAGAGGAUCAGUUGCCUAAAUGAUUUCAUGUCAGUGUUGUAUUUAUGGUUUUACAAUAAAACGACCUUUAGGAA